CGUGUGGCUACCGACGCGCGGUAUACCUGUGGUAAUUAUAUCGGUGUCACAUGACUAAACAAGUUUGUACAAGUCAGAAAGUCAGAGUUUGUAAUGGCCGACAGCUUGAAAACCGCUAGAAAGCUACAUUGUAGAAGGAGCUGCCAGGUUCCGGAAGUUAAUAAGUGUGUUAUUCAAGCAUCGGAAUAAAUCGUUGUGUUUAUAAUCGGUUGUCGUCGUGGUUUAUGAGCCCCAUCGCCUCGCGGGCCUGCGCGAGGAGGUGACAGUUUUCAAGCUAUAGAGUCAAGUUGUCAAGCUAGUCUGAGGAUUUGGAGCUAGUUCGACGAGAAGGAAGUAUUUACGGUGAUACAGAAGGAUUUGUGGCGUGAUUUGUGGCCAUAACAAGAGUGAAUAUUGGAUUUUAUUGUGUGAACGUUUCGGUUACGAGUGGAGCGAAUACGGAUUUCGCAAUGUCAGCUCGGUCUUGUCCUGCAGGUUUAGGAGCUCGAUCGAGGAGGUAUAAUACUCGAAGAAAUCGAGGAGAAGACAUGGAAGAGAGGAUUGUCAGUUUAAAGCGUUCGAGGUCGGGUUGCCUCGGCAGUUUGAGAAGGUUUCGAAAGGAAAUCGAAGAAUUGAUGUACAAGGGAAACAAGAAUGAAGUUAGCCGCAAACUUCAGUCUUACCACAACACGUGGGUGAAAUUCGUGCGUGUUCACUCCGAUCUUAUGGACUUAAUGGAUGAAGGGGAAGAGAAAAUGGAGGCCCAAAGAGUUUAUGACAUGGAACUCACGCUGAAACUCGAACUUUACUCUGCUGUUGACGAACAGGAUAUGCAGGAUAUUGAAAGUGGAUCUCAGGUUUCUGAGAGACACACGAAGUCAAGGGUGAGUGAUAGAGAAAGCAGAUCACAUGUUUCUAGUAGACAUAGUUCAAGAUAUUCAAGAUCAAGUGUUAAGAGUGUUGCUGCCUUAGAGGAGAGAGCAGCAUUGAGUAAAUUAGAUCUGGGACAUUUACGGAAAAAACAGCAGCUCAAUAGAAAAUUUGAUGAGUUAAAAUAUGCUCAUGAACUUUUGGAAGCUGAAGUAAAAUGUGAAAAGGCUCAAACAAGCUACAUGAUUUAUAAGAAGGAAAGGGAAGACUUGAAUGUGGAUCAGAGUAAUAAGUCUGCUGUGUCAGAGGAUGUAUGUGAUGUUUUCAAGGCUCAAUCUGAAAACAAAAUUGAGCAGCAUGCACCUAUUGGAAAUGUGAGUACAAACCCUACUGUGAAAUUAACAGAGGAAAUUGUUGUUAAUAAGGAGCUAAUGGUGGAGCCUUGUAUUGGAAAUAAUAACAAUGUAUCGUCUAGUGCUGGAUUAAAGGAAUCCUGUGUGUCUGUUUGUUUAUCAUCGGAGUUAAGUGUUGACAAGAGUCAUGAGAGUGAAAGGGUGAAUCGGGAGAUUAGUAGCCAUGUGCGGGGUGGUGAAGAAACUAUGCUGAACAAUGGAACAAAGGAAGCCCAAGCUGGGUUGAAUUUACCUGGCUCACAACCAUCAACUAACAGCAACAAUGGAUUAUUUGAUAGUGGAGAACAUGUGGCUAGAGUACUGUCUCAGGCAAUGAGUACCCCAAGGAUUGAAUACAUGCACUUUGACGGUAAUCCCAUAAACUAUGUUUCAUUUAUGCAUAACUUUGAGACAUGCCUCGAGAGCCUAACUAGUGAUAAUUCUAGGAAAUUACAGUACUUAAUACAACAUUGCACAGGCAAGGCAAGGGAUGCAAUUGAAAGUUGUGUGAACUUGCCUACUUCGGAGGGCUAUAAUACAGCAAAGAACACCUUGAAGGAGAAUUUUGGACUUCCGCACAUUAUUGCUAAGGCACACCUGAAAAGGUUACAAGACCUCCCGCCAUUGCGGAACGGUGGAGGGCCAGCUUUACUGGAAUUUUCUAGACACCUUGAAGUAGCUCACCGCACAUUGUCAGGCAUGGGAAGCGAUUAUGUUAGUGAAUUAAAUUACACAAGUACUCUUAGAGAACUAAACAACAAGCUACCAUAUUUCAUGAAGGGAAAAUGGACCGAACGUGCGGGCAGGAUUAUUGAAUCAGGGUCAAGGCCUAAUUUUUCGGAUUUCUUGAAGUUUAUCAAGGAAAGAGCCAAACUUGUGAACAAUGAGUUUGGGGAAGAUCUUGUGUCUGCCAGCUCUCAGAGGGGUAAGAAAAGGAAUGACAGUGAUAAGAAACAAACCCCUAGGUCAAGCAUGGCAACUGGAGUGACCCCACCCCAGAAUAGUGAACAGAGACAACAGAGGGGACAGGGGAAUGCAAGCUGGAAGUGUGUGAUUUGUUCUGGACCUCGUGGAUUAUGGAAGUGUGCACAGUUUAAGGAACUGAACAGUGAAGAGAGAAACAAAUUAGUCUUGUCUAAUAGAUUAUGUUUUAAGUGUUUAAGUGGAGGGCAUUUUAGGGACACAUGUCCUAAGACAACCUUUAAGUGCCAAGUGAAAGGUUGUGGUAAAGAACACCAUACUUUACUACAUUUUUCGGUACAAGAAAGAAAGGAUAAUACGGUUGACAACAAGAUUGACAAAUCACCCGGACAAGCUAGACCUAACGCAUCGGCACCAGAAACAACAGGUGUUAAUGCGGGUAGUACAAGUGUAGCCUCAGUUUCUGUCGCAACUGGGGCCGGUGAGCGCAGAGUGUGCCUGGGUGUCAUUCCGGUCAAGGUCAAGGUGAAAGGAGAUGACAGGGUAUUGGAGACUUAUGCAUUGCUAGAUAGUGGCAGUGAAGUGUCAUUGUGUAAGGAACAAUUGUUUACUGACCUUGGAUGUGAUGGCAUUGCCAUGAACUUUGAACUAGCUGGUGUAACGGGAACGAGGAAACUCAAACUCAAAGGUCACAUGGUUGAUCUCGUAGUAAUGUCACAAGAUGGAAUGGUAGAAAGUGAGUUGUUAAAUGUCAGGACAGUGAAGGAAAUUCCUGUAUCUUCUAGUUGUAUACCAAGGAGGGAAGAUGUUGAACAAUUUACUCAUUUGAGGAGCAUUAACUUGCAAGAAUGCGGUGCGUCAGAAGUUGGACUCAUUAUUGGACUUAAGGAAAAUCCAUUGCUGUUUGUACCACUAGAAUACAAGGCUGGUAACGAUGGAGAACCGGUCGGUGUGAGAUAUUCUCUUGGAUGGACGGUGAUGGGUCCCAUGUGCGGAAAAAGGGACAGUGACCAGUGCUCGGUUAACCUUAUUAAUGUAGCGAAUAAGCAAUUUCCUGAAGAACUUUAUAAUGAGGAAUCAUGUCUUGUAGCACAUACCCACCCGGAAGAUACCAAGCUUGCUGAGCAUGAUGGUACAGGUGCACCACAGCAUUGUUCGUUUAAGGACAACGUCUCUAGAACUGCUAAGCUCAAGACUGCGGAUUUAGAAAUAGAGAAGGAGAUUGAUAAAGAGGUAUUGCAGUAA